AUGCCUCGUCUGAUAACAGCUCGCAAUGUUGUCAUAUUCGUUAAUGUCAUACUUCUCACUGCGCUAUUUUAUCAUCUGAAGUCUGAGCUUUGGGACAAGAAUGCCGCCGCAGUUGGAUCGGCCACUCUGACACACCUUCCCGACGAACUUUACGACGAGCAACAGCCGGACGAGUCAUCGCGCAACCCAAAGGAGAAACCGCUAAAGGCAAAUGGUGGUGUUAAAGCGCGCCGAACUGCAGUAGUUGUCGCGAGCCAGAGUUCUGAAAACGCGACGUGGCUCGAAGAAUACUUCCCAGAGUGGGAGAAGAACAUCUAUCGUGUAGAUGACGCGAAUGCGCCACUUACGGUGCCCAAGAACAAGGGCAGAGAGAGUAUGGUGUAUCUGACCUACAUCAUCGACCAUUACGCCUCGCUUCCCGAUAACGUCCUCUUCAUCCACCCAAACCGCUACCAAUGGCACAACGACGACCCAGACUAUGACGGCCUUCCCAUGCUGCGCCACUUCCAGCUGCCUUACCUCGAGAAAGAAGGCUAUGUCAAUAUACGCUGCGCAUGGUCCUUGGGCUGCCCGAGCGAGAUUAAGCCUCUUGCUGAAGAAGGCGAACACAGGGAGGCCGUGCAUGCCGGUGGGCAGUAUAAGAAGGCCUUUGAGCACCUAUUUCCAGGAGAAAAGGUACCCGCUGCCGUAGGCGUGAGCUGCUGUGCACAGUUCGCGGCCACCAAAGAGAAGAUCAAGGAAAGAACCAAGGAGCAGUACGAGAAGUAUCGUGACUGGAUCAUGGAGACAGAUCUCGGUGAUGCUAUCAGCGGUAGAGUCUUUGAGUACUCCUGGCAUAACCUCGAAGACAUUGUUCAUCUUGGUCAAACAUGUCGGCAAUUGAGGGCUUUACUAGACGAAAGGACAGUUUGCAGACGCACUGUCGAAAUCAACUAUCCAUAUACAGAAGAAGCAUUGUUAGCCAGAGAGGAAAAAACUACCUACAAGCAAGCCUUCCAGGCUAUUUAUGACAGAAGAAAUGCUUUGUCAACUGCACACCCUUUUUCGGCUCGCGUCUUAGGCCAGGGGAAUACUUUUGUGUAUCGUCAAGGGACUAUAUGUGUUUUUGACGCUGGAAUGAUCCAUGUCUCGGAUCUAAGCUCUCGAUCGGAUGCUGUUCGUCUUGAUCUCGCCACCAUUGUUCGGCCUGUUCUAGAGUCGAAGUUUAGAGCGUUUGGUAGCUUUGGCUUGCGCUUGCUUUACCAUGCUGAUGGAAUACUCACUGUGCACGCCACACCAAAUUAUAGCUCAGAUCAUAGCCACAUAUUCGCUAUCAAGACGGCGGCGAAUCUUCCGAUUGGGCAAAGAGUGAUCGAAUCGGUACAAGUGGCUAGAUGUUCUAAGCUGUUCGCCAGGCAUAACGCCCGUUAUUUAUACUACGGGACACAUACUGGAGUAGGAGAUGAUGGCCACUCUAAAUGGGAGAUCGAUGGCAUCUCACUUGACGAGAACUUCCCACUACCGGAACGCGAAAGACCAGUAUUGCUCGACAAGUUCCACGGAUCUGAUAUCGGCUCUACGAUUGCGUUUGAGAUACAUAAUGACUACUUCUACGCCGUUUCGAAUCAAGGCACCUUUGAAGUUGAAGAGAUCGACUAUACAUCGUUUUAUCAUGUAGUCCGGUUCCCCCUCAAUUCACCUUUGGCAGAAGAUGUUUCUAAGGAUGAGCGUCUCUAUCGUCGCCAACACAAACAGGGGCCAAUCCACGACUCAUGGACCGAUCUUACGCUACAGCAUGAUGAGCGUACAAACGAGACGGUGAUUGUGGAGUCGCGGCGAGAAUGGGCUCAAGCAUCCUCUCGUCAGUCACGCACGUUCUAUGUCACCAAACUGGACUUCAAAGAAGAGGAUGAUAUGGAAGAGUUGUCCGACGAGCCGCUACUGCCUGAGAACGAUAUCUACGUCCCACUCCUAGACUCCUCGAACAAUGCUCACUGGAAACCCACACCAGACCUCUACAGUUGGAGCCAACAUCCCGAAUUCUCACCUACCGAUCCUUCACCCCGCUCUUUCAUCCUAGCAAGAACCAAAUUCCGGGCGUACAAUUACGCCUCCACGUCCUUUGUCGAUCUCGUAGAAGAUGACCGGUGCUGCAACGACCCUUCUCAGCCCCCAUGCCUCAGGCUCCGCAUAGGAUCACGACGCGAAUUAGGUCUCGACUACGGCGUCGUAAGCUGCAAAGGAAAAGCCCCCAUCGACGACAUGAAGCCCAACUUUUUGGAUACCCAAACACGAUACCAUCAGUCGCCUAUCCGCAUGUGGCCCCCUCCAGCAUCUCGCUGCCCCUGCUCAAAACGUCUGCACAGUAUACUUAAUCCACCACUACCAUCCAACUCCCCGUCGCACACAAGAAGCGUCACGGGUGUACUCGACGAGCAACGUCUAGUCUUCAUGGUGAAACCAGGGCGCUCUUACGGCUCCAACGACGACAACACAUCAGGCACAAUCGUCGUGGUGGACUUCUCCCGCCCUCCUACAUCUGUCGCCGACACACCCUCAGCGUUACAACCACCGUCUAUGUCACGAUGCGAUAGCAAGAUGGACGGUGAAGUGGACGUUCAUAUUGACCCGUCGGCGUGGCAUUGGUCGUCCGAUUCAAAGGGGCGUUGCCGAGCCAAAACGUGUCAUUAA